AUGGAAGAGAGAUCAGGCGGUCCGUUCUGCGAGGUUUGUCUCGAGGACAAGGAUAUGGCUACGGGAAGCGAUCAAGCAUACUUCCGAACCAUUGUCCUAAGCCUGACGGAAUCGGCCCAUGCCGUAGGUCUUGGAAAGGCUGUCGAGCUGUUCUUGGCGCUGCCUGAGAAUAAUGCACACCCACGCCUGGUGUGCAAUGGGGUUUCUGACUCUCGGAACACAUUGACUGAAAGAACGAUUACGAACUAG